GAGUAGAGAGAGACGGAGAGAGAGAGAGAGCUUGGUUUAAGGGAAGAACUUUAUUCCUGAACGAAGGCUAUGGCUGCGUUAUUUCGAGCAGCAACAUGGGUGCUCCCUCUGGUGCUAGCAGACGUAGCGGCGGCGGCAGCACCGGCUCCCACCGGGCCUUCCGCUAAGACCCCCCGCCUGUUCGAAGUGGAAAACAACCACCGCCAUCACCGACGACAGAGACCAUCACUGACGUCGCCACGCGGGGGCGGCCGAACUUUAUCUCCGACCAAUGGCGGCGGAAGUGGCAAUGGCAUAGCAUCUUCGCACAACAAGGAUGAGGUAUCCAUCCGGCGAAGAUCCAACGGCCAGCAGGGAAGAUCCAGCGGCUGGUUGGGUUGGGCACCCGAGGCGAGACAGCACGCGAGAAAACCCCGCCUUUCUGGAAAUUCACCGGCCGGGUUCAUCGCGAGCCCGACGGCUGCGCUCGGACAUCAGAGACGAGGGGCGCGUACUUGUGGCAGCAGCAGCGGCGGUCACUCUCCAUUGAGAAGUUUUGGGGGAGGCACGGAGGCGGGGUUAUUGCGGGACGGGUGGGUCAGGGCGAAACGACUGGGGCGGCAGCAGCUUCAGCCUGUACCGUGGGGGGGAGGGGGCGGGGGCGGGGGCGGGAGGCCGUCGUCUGAUGUGGUGAUUCUUGGUGGCGGUACGGGGGACACGGAGUACUACUCCUGGACGGAGACGGACAGCGACAUGGAGGUCCGCGUGCCCCUUCCACCUGGAACGGCGGCGAAGAGCGUGCAGCUCAGCGUCACCAAAACUUCACUCACGCUCGGCCUCAAGGGGCGGGAAGGGCCGGUUUUAAAGGGUAGCCUGAAAGGACAAGUCCACGCAGACGAGAGCCACUGGACCAUGGAGGAGAUGGAGGACACCGGGGAGAAGGUGCUGUACCUGUGCCUCGAGAAGGUGGCGGACAUGGAAGCCCUUGCGGCGAACAGCAUGCCGCAAGACUGGGUGGGGGUGCUCGAGGGGGAAGAGCCCCUCAACGUCUACUACCCAGACAAGGAUAAGGACUUCGACGUGGACGAGUACGUGAAGAGGAUGGGGUACGAUCGAGAGCGAGACAUCGGCAAGGUGGAUAAGGCCAUGUUCUCGGACCUGACGGCCGAGAUGAAGGAGAACCUCCAGACGACGCUGCCGAAGUCUUCGUUUACCGACAAGGACGACAUGAUCCCGGUCAUGGCAGACCCCAAGGUUUCCCCGGUGAUCGACACCGGAGUCCUGGGUUUGCCCCCCCCCCCUCCCCGCGAACCGGAGGUAGUGCCCGACGCCACGGUAAACGUGAACGCCGACGGGACUGUCAGCAACGGCGACGACGGGGCUGUCAGCAACGGCGGAGACGAGACUGUCAGCAACGCCGUCGACGCGGAGGUGGUGAGGGAAGGGUCUUGGGAGGCGGGUUUCGCUCCGGACUUGGGGGGCGCCGCUGCCGGGGGUGGGUCCGAUGAUUCCGCGUACUCCCCGGCCGGGUUUAGGGCGGACGCGGACUUCAACGUCCCGAUGAAGGACGGGGAGACUGGCGACUUGACGGAGAGGCAACGUGAGGUGGCAGCGGGUCUGAGAAGGACCUACGAGAAACUGGUCAAGACGGGUAUGGUGCAAGAGACCAACCCUGACGGGACCCCCGCCAAGAUGCCCGACAUGGAAGAGAUGGCGAGGGCGUACGAAACGGAGGGCUUCAUGUUCAAGGAAGGCGAUUUCUCCGAGGAGGAGCUGAGCAAGUACAUGGACAUGGACAUGGGCAUGGGCAUGGCAGGCUUGGCUCUGGACGACGACUUGCCUGGCGGGGACAUCGACCUCGACGACCCGGCCACACGAUCGGCGUUCGGCCUUGACUAGACUCUCACUGGUUUGCUGACGUUGAUGGACCUUAACUGGGUUGGCUGGCUGGCUGGCGUUGACGGGGCGUGAAAAGGCUGGCUGGCAAUUGGUUUAAUGAUGCGACGUUCGCGCGGCGUUGAUUAGAUUGGCUGGCUGACGCUGAUUGGUUGAACGCGGCGGGGAGGCUUGGUUCUCCUGAUGGUAGCAUAGCGAUUGAUUGUAAUGGUGAUUGCAGGAUGCCAUGCUAUGGUUGAGAAGGUAAGAGGAAGGUGCCUGGACUUGUGCCAUUCCCACCACAGUCGUGCGGCGUUGAACAGGCAGAUAGAAAGGGCAAGAGAUGCAAUUCUGCUGUGCGUACUUUUUCCCGGCACGGAGAAGAGCCACGUGAUGAGCGGGGGUGGGGCAGGGGGGGG